UUGAUCAAAUUUAUAAUUUAAAAUUCGACAAAUGUUACAAUAGUUCUUGUAAUACAGACUUGAGUUUAUGAUGUUAUCGAGAAAAAUAAAAUUGAAGUUUAAUUCUUGAGAAGACAGGACUAAGAAUUCCUUGACAGAAUAUUUGAGCUUUGAACUUUAACGGCAAAAAAUGAGAAGCAGCACCCAUUUUCUGAGGAAAUACAUAGAGCUGUUGAGCUACGACAAACCUCACACCUCACUACCGUUGUUUGCUUGCUUCGCCAUCUUCUCCCUAGUCAACAUAAACUUGUUGAAGGCAAUCUACAUUGAAUUCGAGAAUGUCGAGUCAUCCCUCAACUCAUUAACAGACUUUGCAAUGAACCUAAUUCUAUUCCCGUGCCUGAUUAGACAUGCAUUCCACAAACAAGAAUUCACUCAACUUGUAGAUGUGAUCGAGAAAGAUUUGGAACUUGAUGGGAUCGAUUUCAAGGGCCGGGAAAAACUGUGGGAGAAAAUCGAAACUACCCAUCGCAAAAGAACAGACCAUGCCGAAGGUAUGGCUCAAAACCUCAUAGCUUUAUUCACAGUUUUGGGAUUCUUAGUGUACACAAAAAACUUGAUAACAUACAUCAUGCUCGAUAAAACUGAGUCGAAAAAUGGUGGUGCAAUGUGGCCCACACCCUAUCAAUCGUACGUCCCACAGAGUUUGACAAAUUAUCAUUCUUGAUAUACCUGUGCUUUCUUCACGCAUUUUUAUUAAUGAUGUAUGUCAGCGAAGGUAUUCUUAUUUUGUGCUCAUUCAACCUUACAACCGAGAAAUUACUGGCUGAUUUUGAAAUAUUCUACAUACUUGUGGACAAUCUGAAUAGAAAUUUCUCCUAUGACUAUGGCGAGUCACAAGAGAAUAUCUACAGCAUAUAUACACCUUCGAUGGUGGACCUCAGAGCAGACAUGAGACGUAUAGUGUGUUUCCAUCAAAAUAUUAAUAGGGACUUUAAAAUUUGUGCCAACAACACUGCUUUUGUGAUUUGUAUUGCAAAUUUAGCAAUAAUGACCUACGGAUGCACAGUGGCCUAUUUCAUGCUGACGAACGAGAUGUUACGCCGCACAUUGGCCGAGCUUCCUUGGACCGAUAAACCUCAUUGGUUCAAACAGACCUUGCAUGUCAUGAUGACGAGGGCCAAUAUGGACAUCGAAAUAAGACCCUAUGGAAUAUACACUCUCAACUAUAUGUCAUUCAAAGAUUUAAUGAAGACAGCCUUCUCAGUGGGUAAUGUUUUCUACACUAAGCAGAAAUCGACUCAAUGAAUUGGAGCUCAAAAAUUUAUAUGAUUGUAUUUUCCCAAAGUUUUAUUACAAUUAAUAAUAUACAACAAUCAUUUAUAUUGCCAUUGUGCA